UGGUGGUAGGGGGUGGGGGGCAACCGUCGCCCGUUUUGCUUCACGAGUCGCUCGGAUCCUCCGUUGACAGACGGGGAGCAGGUCGGGUACCUCACUGACUGCGACACCGAAACAGUCGCCAAACGGCACCGACACCAGACAAAACUAGUUGAGAAAGAGCGGAGGAAAAAUAAAAUAGAAGAGAAAGGAAGAAGAGGAUCGAAGGACAGGAGAACGGAGGGACAGGCAUCCGGCUGGCCGGGAGCCCUACAGGAGGACAAAUCACCGCUACGACCUCACAUCACAGCUCUGUGAUGACAAAGUGAAGCAAAGGAUGUCGCAGAAGAAGUUAUUCCUGGCCUUAAUUGCCCUCAGUACUGUCAGUCUUCUGCUGCACCAUGGUGGCCACUUGAUGUGGGCCAUGGAGGUCUUCCAUCUCGGUUGUCCUGCCCUCCACUCUCACACUGGCCCGGGCUUGAAACCUAAGCACACCAAUGUGGCCUUCCUCAAGACCCACAAAACAGCCAGCACCACCAUGCAGAACAUGUUCUUCCGCUUUGCAGAGCGCAACAACUUGACGGUGGCAUUACCUGUGCAGGCCUGCACCCAUCAGUUCUGCUACCCACGUAGCUUCACCUCUCACUUUGUCCAUCCACACACGCUGCCACCAAACAUCAUCACCAGCCACAUGCGGUUUAACAAGGCGGAGCUGCAACGCCUGAUGCCAAACGAUACAAUAUAUGUCACAAUACUGAGAGAGCCUGGCUCCAUGUUUGAAUCUUUGUUCACUUACUACAGUCAGCACUGUCUGACCUUUAAAAGGGUCCCCAACAGCUCUCUGGAGGCUUUCCUAGAGAAGCCCUCACAAUACUACCGACCACAUGAAACAUACUCCAUGUAUGCACACAAUACCUUGACCUUUGACUUGGGUGGAGACAAGGAUCGCCCAGCAACAGAUGUGGCGUAUGCACAGGCCUUUGCGUCAGAGGUGGAGCGAACUUUUUCCCUGGUGAUGAUUGCUGAGUACUUUGAUGAGUCACUGGUUCUCCUUCGCCAUCUCCUCUCCUGGGAUCUGAAUGACAUUCUGUAUGUUAAGCUCAACAUGCGGACACUGAGCUCCAAGCAAAGCCUGACACCGGACCUUCUUGCAAAGAUCCGUGCCUGGAAUUCCUUAGAUGCACAUCUCUACGACCACUUCAACACCUCACUGUGGCUCAAACUGUCAGAACUGGGUCCAGCCUGUGUGGCCAGGGAGGUGCGACUCCUUCAGCAAGCCCAGAAAAAGCUGAUGAGAAGCUGCUUCGGUGAGCGGAUGCCGCGUCUCCGCACAGCUGCAGAGAUCAAAAAUGAGGAACUCCGCCCUUGGCAGCCAAGUAGAACAGUUGACAUUGUGGGCUAUGACCUCCCGGAAAAUCUCAGCCAUGGUUUCUUGAGCAAGGCCCAGGAGCUCUGCCUCAAGCUCAUUAUGCCAGAGGUCCAGUACACACGGGUUCUUCUACGUUCCCAAUCAGUGCGGUACCGUCAAAGCAUCCAGCUCCGACCUCUGCAGCAGUUACAUCGCAACCAGAAGCCCAUGAAAACAGCCCUGCCUCGGCACCCUCCAGUGGACAAUAAUCAACCAUCACCUGCAGCCUCUAGUCCUGACUCAAAGUUUACUGCAGGAACUUAAGGUCAGACCACAAAGUUAGGGGUCUAAAUCCUCUCAGACGAAGGCCUGAUAGACUACAAAAGAGACUCAAAGAGCCCAUGGCAUGCUCAUUUUGCUCAUUUCCAGCCAUUUAAUGUUUAAUCUUGGGUACCUCUAGAUUAGCUUGGUACUCAUCUUAACUCCAAAUAGUCUGUAAUUGUUUCAGAAUGAAAAAACCAGAGAGCAUCUUCCUGAAAACGAGAUAGUUCAUGAAUGUGCACACCUCCUGCUGCUGGUGUUGUGAGGAAAGUGGACAGCACAAUUAAUACCAUGACGGCAUUAAUUUAUUUGAAUUUCUCCUCCGAAGAUAGGUAAACAACUGUAUAUGUACCAAUUAAAAGAGAUGUAUAACACUCUAAACAAAGCAGGUAACUGAGAAACCCCAUAUUCUAACUGGCAUAAUGCAGACAUAGCAACUUCUCCAGCGUUACAACAAUUCUCUCUAAUGUUACAUUAACAAGACAUUAAGAGAUAUGCAACAUGUGUUUUUUUUUUUAACUUACUGGCCUCAAGCAGUCAAAACAAACUGUACUGUGCUUCGGGGGAUUCCAGUGUUGAUGAGCUGAUCAUUCACUGCCAUUGGGGGCUUCACCGGCCGGCUGCUUGUGGGUUAGACCCACUCAGCUAAAACAGUAAGUCCCUGUACAGGAGCAUUCCCGGACAUGUAGUAACCUCAGGCCCUGUACUUUCCUCCACAUCCUCUGGUCACAGUGCAGCAGCAGGAGGGAAAAUAUAUCCACAAAACUGCGAGCACUCAAAAAAUUCCACUUAUAAAAUAGCACCGGUGGAUGUCAGGCAAGCUCAAAUAAACGUACAACUGCCUGGGAAUUAUGACCAUUCAAGGAAGUCCUUAAAUUUUGUUCGAAAAAAAAAUCUCACAAGUGAGAGUUUGCGAGACAUG